AUAUCACGCCGACCAUACGUUCGAACUUUUGAUUCUUAUUUUUGUUCGAUACUCCAUAUUGGAAUGCAUUUCUCUCUCUUUUAAAGUGUCCCCAAAAAUAAUAAAGUGUCAUUUUAAUGACAACUCCACUUAGCUUAAGUGUUAGUUCAACAAAGAAAAGGUCGUCUGACAAGGAGGAUGAAUUAGCCAUGGAGAAAGAAAAGCAAGAGGAGGAGGCUAGCCAGAGGGAACACCAACCACCAUAUAUUUCGAGGAUGCGACCACUUACAAAGGAAGUGUUACAACAUCCAUUAAUAUAUAUAUAUGAAGCAUACGGUGGUGGCAUGUAUGGGAAGGAUGAUGAAACUCCGGCCACGAAAGUGGACAAGGCACCUGCAAGUGAAACACAAAGUGCUGAUGGACCAAAGGAAGCAGCCUCUAUUCAGCCGGAAAAUAAACCUCCACAGUCUUCCGGCCACCGUGACAUUGAUAUCACCGGACAAUCCUACAUUCAAUAGCUUAGGAUUGACAGGAGAGUCUAAACUUUGUUUGCACGGUUGUUACGUGUCGUUUUAUAAUGUGUCGUGUUAUAUAGUAUCGCGUAUCGCGUUGUGUUGUACUUUAUUGUAUAUACGGAAAAGGCUCAAAUAUG